AUGGCAGAUAUUAGCCCCAACACAAUCGAAGUGACCCCAGAGUCGCCAGUCGAAACACCCCGAGAGCUAAAACCAUCAGUAUUCGACGAGGAUGACGAAGAAAUUCCCAUUGUCGAUGCGCCAGUUCCGUUUACCCCCGAAUCCACCCCGGAAAAGGUCGGUAGCUCGGCAGACAUCACCCCAGAGGAUCCCCAAGAGGCAGAGGAGGAAAUCGAGGAAAUCGAAACAGCCCCAGCCCAGGCGCCUGAUUAUCUGAAACUGAAGGCUGAUGUUGACCGGUUACAGAAGAUCCUAACUGCACAAAAUCAGCCAGCAGCUCCCGCUGCAGCUCCAGAGCCCAGCAGCGCGGAAGAAGGAGUCGACUGGAAGGAGCGCUGCAAAACGCUCGAGCUCCAGCUCCAGCAACUCGUCGCCCAGCAAAUCAUUCAAGCUCAGCAACAAGCCCAAGCUCAAGCUCAGGCAAAUCCUGGACAAGCUCAAAUGAAUCUCCUCCAGCUCUUGUCGAAGACGGUUCAGUCCAUUCCAGCCCAAAAGAAAGAAGAAAUCCCAAUCGCCAAUUCCGUUUCCGCGCCAAUUUCAAACCCACUCUUCCCGAAUCCGCUGCAAACGUUGAUGCGCCAGCGCGAAAUGCAGAUUCUCCAGCAACAGCAGCAACACCAAGCUGCCCAGCAACAACAGCAGCAGGCGCAGCAGCAACAACAGCCCAAUCAAGACCUUCUCGGUCUCCUGAACUUCCAACGAGGACUCCAGCGACCCAGUGUUAGUCUUCCUUCUCCCUGUCUUCCUCCACGUGUUUCUAGUCCAAAGGAAGAUCGGAAACGCUCGAGCCCGGAGCCAACGUCUCUGCCGCUUGGUACAAAAACGGACAUCACCUCACGCACCGCCGACGAAUCGGGAGUUCAAUCGGACGCCAGCGGUUCUGAUGGGUCCCCGAGCUCGCCAAAACGUGCCAAGCUCGAUCGCGACUCGCCAAAGACAGUUUCGCCCUCGACCAGUUCUGGAAUCGGAGUGACGAUGACCUCGUCGCCCAACUCGUCCUAUCUCACCUCGCCGCUGCUCACCUCCGCUGUCAACGCCGGCCAUCUUCAAAUGCCGACUCCUCGACUCCCCGUCGCUGGAUUGAGCGGUCUAAUGGGCCACGCCUCCUUCCCCUUCCAGCAAGCCCCUCAAAAAGAGCUGGUAAACCACAAUCAUGAACCUCCACGCCACUUUCGCGAGCCGCCACAAGAACAGAAGCCCCAUAUUAAACGGCCAAUGAACGCCUUCAUGGUCUGGGCCAAAGACGAGCGACGCAAGAUUCUUCAACAAUUCCCAGACAUGCACAACUCCAACAUUUCCAAAAUUCUCGGCCAACGCUGGAAAACGAUGUGCGACGAAGAGAAAAAGCCCUACUACGAAGAGCAGCAGCGAUUGUCCAAAGCCCACAUGGCAAAAUACCCCGAUUACAAGUACCGCCCUCGCCCAAAACGAACCUGCCUCGUCAACGGCAAAAAAGUCAGAAUCACCGAAUACAAGGAAAUGAUGAAGCAAAAUCACCUGAACGACCAAAUGAAAGGAAUGGAAACGCCUCGAGUUUUCCAGGACGGUCCUCGAUUUCCCUUCAACCUCACAGCUGCGAAUCUCCUCGCUAACAACCUCUACCCUCAGCUAACUCACAACGCACAGAGCCUGAUGGGACUUACCAACGCCAACUUGCCAACAUCGCUACUGCCCAAUUCCGCCGAAUAA